CGCAAAGGUGCUCUUCAGGAAGUGCUGAGAUAGAAUUGUCCAUGUGUUCAAAGAAGCAUAUGAGGAUGGGGCUUACCCUUGUCCUUACUACGUGCUUGUAGUGUAUAUUCAGUGUGUAUUUGGUGCUGCCUCUGCUCUUCUGACCCUUCUCUGCUUCAGGGCCACUAUCAGAGUAUCUCAUUGUCUGCAAUACAACCAAGGAAGCUUGCUGCAGCGCUUCUGGGCCUUUGUUAAGGCUGUCUAGUCCUGAAAGUGAUCAUCAAAUCGGGUAAAGAGGCUUAUGAAGUAGUGGUGUGGCCUUGUGUCACUCAGACACUUGGUAUUCCACAUUCUCUGGGGAACAGCCAAAGGACUUUGUUAAAAGGUAAAUUCUGCAGCACUGAUUAUAGGACUCUGGGCUUCCUUCUGUUCUGCCUGACUCCGAAUUUGGUUGAGUUGCAGGAGGGAGCUGAUGCUUGAGAUGAUUGUUGUCAUCUGCUUCUCCGAGAAGCAAACAAUCCAGCUGUAUCCUCAGUAAAAGUUUCGAGGCCAUUUGAAAGUUGAAGAGUGAUGGCAGUGAUGUGACAGCUGUCUAAUCUCUGCUUGUGUUUUAGGUGAAGUUUGUGCUUCUCCUCAGUUGCCUUUAACUUGUGUUAAACGUUUUUAUUGGUACAUUUUUAGGCAAUUAAAUGUUUUAUGGGCUUUCUGAAGGAAAAAGGUGUACUUAGCUUGGACCUGGUAAAACUGACAACAAAGCUCAGGCCUGCAUGAAUCUGAGUUGGGACAGAUCCCUGGGGACCUAAGUUGUAAGUCUCAUGAGCCCCCAGAUGUUGAAACUGGAGCUGUAUUUUGUGUCUACCUCUCAUGGCUUUAAAAUUGCAAAUUAUUCAAUUCUAUUUUUCUGUUCCAGUUGUAUAUGAAAGUUUUGUAAACAAGAGGAAUUAAUGGGCUGGACAGGCAAAAGAGUGCUGUCGAGCACAAGUGAACAAAUUAGAGGGAGUUACUGCUUUCCACCCACAUCUGCUCUGCAGCUCUGCUGUAACACAUACAACACUUCCAAAUAAAGUGAGUUCUCUAAAAUCAGUCUGAACCUGGUAGCCAGGUUUAAAAAAAAAAAUCCAGAUUCAUAGUAAAUUUGAAGUGCCUGGUUUUAAAAACCAUGGUUAUUAUCCCUAAGAAGAUUAUUCUUGAGUUGUAUUUAAGACAGUUAAGGCAGUUCCGUCUCUUUGAAAACGAAGUAAAUUGUUUUUCCUUUUCAGUAUGACUUAAUUUUAGAGAAUCAGAAAAACAUAAUGAGAUAAAAUCACUGAAUCUUGUAAGAGGGAUCUCUGGCUGUGGGGUGGUGAACCUCUUACCUAUGCUGGAGAUCUUGGUGCUAUGAAAACCAGCUGUUGCUGGAGCUAGGUAUAAGUAUAGUCAAGGUUUUCAUUUAGUAGUGCCACUGUCAAGUAUGCAUUUUACAGAGCUCAGUGUUGUAUCUCAGACUUUAUCAAAUAGGGAGUUCAGGUUCUACCACUUAAUUUCAAGUAACGAGUGAUCUUUGGAGAGGGAGACAAGAACAGGAGAAGCCUGAGCCAAUGUGUUAUUUUUCAGUCUGCCUCUGCUUCGUCCACGUGAGCAGCAGGGAGGAGCUGGGGAAGUAUUGAGACAUGUGGGAAAACACUGCUGGAUGUCAGAAGCGUGACAGCAGGUGUUGAGCUGCCAGUUAAAAGCUGGAUUUAUUGGUGAAACUGCUGAGGAUGUCAGUACAAACUGAACAGGGGUGCUGCCUCAAUUUAGACAGAUCAGCCAUUAUCAUAGUUUUGAGGUUUCAUCAUGUUGAAAUUCACUGUAUUUCCACUUUCACUUUUGGGGGAAUUGUUGCUCUUUGGUCUCCAUUUUCUAUGGUCUCAAAGGAGGGCUGAUUGUUGUUAAAGCAUGGCAGCAGUUGUUUGCUGUAGCGCUGUUCUGUGCUUAUUCUAGCACACUCAGACUGCCUUGCCCAUACUUCUUCACUGUUGGUUUAAGCUUUCGCUAAAUAACCAACAAAUUUGUUACACAAGCCAUUAAAAGUAUGUUGGCCCUGGGACAAGUGAGGGAAAGAUCAUUUAAGGGAAAUGUCAUCUCUGAAAUCUCCAAAAACAAAUGCGCGAAGAGCAGAAGAGAGACCUUACUCCUCAGUGACCCCACAGAUGCAUGGGAGGUGCCUGCAUUCAGGAAGCUGCAGUGCUCAGGUCUGUAAGUUGUGAUUUAAAAACAAGCAGGAAGUUCAGCUGUCAGCAGCAAAGGAAAUGUCCUCCUACUUCAUUGCCAUCGGGAUUUGGAGACUGCAGAGGGAGUGGCAAAGGGUUUCAGUAUUACAUGCGGAGGUUCCCUUUUGCACUGGCAUUAGCAGUGCCUGGGACUCCCUGUGCUUGUUAUCUCUAUUUUUUAUGCUUUUUUUAGGUUACUAUACAAAUAAAAACUCCUUCAGAAUCACAGACAGCAUCCCUAAAAUGAGAUGCUUGUUGAUAUUUUGUUUACAAGAAUUAAAACGUAGCCAGGAACAUGUAUAUUUUAGUUAGGCACGUCAGUGCAGUUGUGUGGAAUCCUUUCCUGUUGUUGAAACAGGAGCCAUCGAUGAGCUGGAAAUAGCCAGGAUUCUGCUCUGCCAACCAUGCCCAUCCAGAACAGCCAGACCAUGAGUAACCUACUAUCAAACAACCUCUUCUGGGAAAGCAACAUUUUUCUUAUGGCUACUUGAAUAGAGAAGGUCUCAAGGAUUUUUGUUUUGUUUUGCAAAUAUUUAGAAAUUAAAGGUCAGUUUACAUAAUAUACCACAAAUAGUCACAGGAGUUCCGUGAUACAGCACCACCAGGUUUUUCCUUCCUGAAACUCUGAUGCCUUUUGAAGAUUUCAUAGAGGGUUUUCUGUUUGUGUUUUUGUUUUGUUUGGGGGCACUGUGGGGUUUUUUUUUCUUUGCCUGUUGGCACAGGACAGUUCUAGCAAUGUGAGUCAUUUUGCAGUUGGCUCUUCUGUAAGGGCGUGUAUCCAGUGUUUCUAUUACUGCAGCAAGUUAACUGUUAACAAAUAUAACAAGUCAAUGUGAAACACGUGAAGCCUCCUUGCUGCUUGGCAAGUGGCAUUCAGAGGGUAAAAGGAUUUGAAUAUAUGUAAAAACUUGUCUCAGGUUUCAUGUAGUGAGCUUUGUUGGUGCGUAAUGCAGCUGUGCUGUGCUCAGUGGCCUUUUGAAGCAGAGCUCUGUGGAGAGACCUGAGAGCACAGCGAGGAGGGGCCAACAUCUGGCUGCUGGGCCUGGUAGUAUGGCGAGGUCAUAUGGAAGUGGUGCAGCUUUGCUGUGAUAAAAGCCUUGGCUCAUGUUACAGCACGGUUCCAGAGAACUCGGAAAUGACUUGAAAUAGACUAUCAUUAAAAAACCCACCACCAAACCGCCCUGCAGUCGGAAGUAUGCUGACUCCAUGCGGGGCUGAUAAGGGCUGUGUAGCUCUGGCAGCUGUGUGCUGGAACACUGAGAGCUCCGUAUUUUUGGUGUCAGUCACUUGAAUUAUUUCAAUACUUGGAAACACAGGCUGAAUAACGCAAGGGCUCCUACAUUGGCUUUAUACAGUUGUAAGUCAUUGCAUUGCUUUAUUUUCACCUUUUACAGUAUGAUUUGAAACUGUCACCAUGGACUUUUCACGUCUACAUACGUACACUCCUCCCCAAUGUGUGCCAGAGAACACUGGCUAUACAUAUGCUCUCAGUUCAAGUUAUUCUUCAGAUGCUCUGGAUUUUGAGAUUGAACACAAAAUAGAUCCAGUGUUUGAUUCACCAAGGAUGUCACGGCGUAGUUUACGGUUAGCUGCUGCAGGAGUUAAUAAACCAGACAGUGCCCGAAGUGAUAUCCUUCAUGACAGCUCUUACUCCGGGAGCCUGACUUUCAGGGAACAGUCUUCUAAUAUGGUGAAGCAGCGCAAAAGCAUAAAUAAACAGUCUGGCAGUGUGAGAGCCAUGCCAAGGAAAAAUCUGUCCAGCUCUCCCAUUUUUAACCAAAGCAGCUUCCUCAGCCGUGCCAGCGAUACGUCGAUGGUGUCCACUGUGCUGGAUGAAUCCUCGAUUCGAGAGCAGACAGAAGUUGAUCAUUUCUGGGGUAGUGAUGCCACGCUCCUGCAGAGAAAUGGUGAUAUAGCAACAGCAGAAACGCAGACUACAAUGAUAAAUGGGUACACGUGCAGUGACUGCAGCAUGCUUUCUGAACGAAAGGAGGUUCUUACAGCAUACUCUGCUUCUUCUGGGCCAUCGUCCAGGAUUUAUUCUAGGGACAGGAGCCAGAGACAUGCAUCUAGAGGCACCUAUUUCUACAUGAGUAAGAUUCUGCGAUUGGUCAAACACACUGCAGCAUCUCUUGCAUCACUGUUAGUGCAACUAUUUCAAAUGGUUUUGCUGAAGCAGAGUUAUGAAUCUAAAGGUACCUUUUCAGUUGUCUUUCUUGGUUUCCACACAAAACCAGUGUGUAUUUUUUUUGUUCUUUUUCUUCUGGACUUCUUCUAUGGCACUAUGGUGUUUAUCUGUAGUCCUGGCUGGCUCCUGUUUUUCUAUCUUCUAUUAUUUUUCAAUUCUCUCACUUGUGCUACACUUUGCAUAUUUUUCUUCUGUUUUCAAAAUAUCAAAAUCCAGUAUGUGAGAAACAUCUCUAUUACAGUUAAGAUCCAUGUGUUGAUUUCCUUUUUUUUUUUUUUUAAACUAAGAAAAGGCAGAAUUUGCUUUUCAGAGCUGUUCUGUGUCACAGCGUGAGGUCUGAACUUUCUUCUUCUUGCCCUUCAGUCCACUGCAUACUCAGAGCUUCGUUAUAUCUGUCUUGCAAAGCUGGAAGUGCAGCUGUUGCUCUGCACAUCUUGUUUUCCUUGACAAACUUCAAUUCCUCUUCAUUUUUCUUCUGCAUCGUAUGCUUUCUGAGUGAAAUUAAAUGCUGUAAGCAGAAAGUUUUUGAGUUUUUGUGAUUGUAUGAAACUUUUUUUGACGUCCAGUCUGUUCCUUUCUACCUUAGUGCUUUAUAACUUGUAAGUGCUCUCUUCUCAGUUACUUAACAUUUCUGUUGGGAAUGACACAAGGACAGGAAUAGGAAUUCAGGGUUACUUAGGAUUU